AUGCUGUUCUCCAACCUCGCUCUCCUCGCACUAGUGCCUGCGGCACUCGCAGACUGGGGCAACCUCUGCUCUAGUGACCGCAAGGCCAAGGUUAUCAUUGGUGGUGGGCCUUCUGGCUUGGCUGGCGAACUGUUCUUCAAUCAAAGGGCAUGGUCCGACGUCGUGACCCUCACUGGGACCAUUUCGGGAGUGCCACCCGGCCAGCAUGGCAUGCAUGUCCACCAGUGGGGAGACUUGAGCCAGGGGUGCAACAGCACCGGGAUGCACUGGAACCCACUGAACCGCAACCACGGUGCUCCGACCGAUCGCAACCGUCACCUUGGUGACAUGGGCAAUUUCGAGGCUGGCGCAGACGGUGUCAUCCACGUCGACCAUAGUGACCGUCGCAUGAGCCUGUGUGGGCGCUACUCGAUCAUGGGGCGUGCCAUCAAUCUGCAUGUUGGCACUGACGACCUCGGCCGCGGUGGGGUUGAGCUGUCCCUCCAGACCGGUAACGCUGGCCCACGUCUGGCCUGCGGCGUCAUCGGCGCUGUUGACCCCUCUACGUAG